UUAAUGUGUGGAUGCGUCGAAGGUAUCAAAUAAUUUCAGCGAAUGGCGCUACAGUGUACCACACCGAAACCCAUUUUGCAGCUGGUUGCUACGGCACAGGAGCCGAGCAACACGAGCGAACAUCAUUCGGAAAAGAAUACGAUUAUUGACAGCGUAACACUGCAAAGCCUAUCGAAAGAACAAUGUACAGUGUUGGGUAAACGAAAAACGACCACAGAGCCCGACCCACCACUAGAGCAGCAGCUCGGAGCAAAACGCCCUAAGAAAGUGUUUCCCUAUGGCAACUACGAUCGUUACUAUGGCUACCGGAACUACAAUGCAUCGCCUGCCGAAGACCCGCGGCUGGAUGCGUUCGUGCAGCGUCGUGAGCUGUUUUGCGGCAAGCGCAUUCUCGACAUCGGGUGCAACAAUGGCGCCCUGACGGUCCCACUAGCAGUCACCUGUGAACCGGUGUCCAUCGUUGGGCUCGACAUCGACGGUGCACUCAUUUCGGCCGCCCGAAGACACUGGAAAAUGGCGCUGAUUAACGGAGUAAAGCUGCCGCGAAGCGACGAGAAGCGGUAUCCUUUAAACACCCGGCAGGUGGAGUUUCUGCGGGCGAACUACAUAUACGAAGAUCCGGCUCUGCUCGAGGCCGAAAGGCCCCAAUUCGAUGUGAUACUGUGCCUUUCGGUGACCAAAUGGAUGCAGCUCAACUUCGGGGACGCUGGACUGCGGUUGGCCUUCCAGCGUAUGCACCGACAGCUACAUCCCGGUGGUUUGCUGAUCCUAGAGGCUCAACCUUGGAGCAGCUACAAGCGACGCAAAAAACUUACCAAAACCAUCGCUAGCAACUUCCCUCGCAUCAAGCUAUUACCGUCAAUGUUUCAGCAAUACCUGCUUGGCGAUGAGGUCGGCUUUGCGUCUUGCACAGACAUUCCCUUGACCUCCGCACACGGUUCGGCCAAAGGUUUCCAGCGCCCGAUCCAGAUCUACACCAAGCGUGCUACGUAGGGGACAGGAAUCACUCGCAAAACAGGUGUGGAAUGGAGAAUCGACAUUUUUUUUGUAUAAAAUGAACUAAAGUGGA